CGUUUCCAGGGCUGGGCUUUCCAGAUCUCCAUGGCAGCAAUUUGCGCUGGUGAAGAAUUUGAUACCAAGGCGCUUGGAGACUGAUUGGAGUGCAUUGUGAGGGGCCUGGGGUCGCUGAUUGGUUCAAGGGAAGGAGCAUAACUACAAAGGGUUUAUAUUCAUUCAGCUUCCUGAAGUACCUCUGCAGUCUGGAGGGAAGCUUCGACUAAAACGAUUGUGUCGGUGGAUUAUGGUUCAUAUUUCUAUAAUGCACUCAUGAAGUGAGCCAAGGAGCUUCUGGUAAAGAUGUCAAGCGCAGACAGCGAAGUUAAAACUUUACUCAACUUUGUAAAUUUGGCGUCCAGCGACAUCAAAGCGGCUCUGGAUAAGUCGGCUCCCUGCAGGCGCUCCGUGGAUCACCGGAAAUACCUACAGAAGCAGCUCAAGCGCUUCUCACAGAAGUUCUCCAGAGUCCCUAGAGCUAAGAGUCUCACUUCUGCGGACUACAGGUGCGCCAGAGGAGCUGAGCGUCAAAGGGCGACUGCGACGGAUGAGGCCAGCUCCGAUGCGCAACAUGCGCAGAGCGUCGGCGGCGUAAUGGACCAGGUGCCGAUGCGGAAACGACAACUACCAGCAUCGUUUUGGGAGGAACCCAGGCUAACCAAAGCCAGGAGAGACAAACCCUGUUUGGAUUUGAGAAGAAGCAGCAGCUCGGGGACAUCUGAUGGCGGCGAGAAUGAAAAGAGGAGAAGGAGUCAGGAUGACGCGCAAAAAUCCGCAAACUCCUCAUCCGGCAGGCGCAGCUCUGCGGAAAAAGAAGUGCUGAAACUGGAUCUGACUUCACAUCGCUCCGUGAGUUUCUGCAGCUGCUGCCCCUUCCAGUUCCAAGGACAUCAGGUCCUCCACAGCCAGAUUGUUGUUCCGCAUCCUCCCUUUGGUCUGUGGAGCAAGGCAGCAGAGCCGGAGAGGUCCGAGGAUCCGUACGGGCAGAAACUCCACACGCACGUUGUGGUGAAACCGAUACCGACAAAGGCCACGGUGCAGUCUCCGAUCUUCAGCGUGUUUGGGUUCAUUUAAUCUGCCCGUCACAUGAGGAUGCGGUGCCGUUUGCAAAGUCAUAGACAAAAAUUUACAGAAAUAAUGUGGGUCAUUUAGCCUAUUACAAGAGAAACAAAUUCAUUUUUAGUAAUUAAUUUUUUUUUAUUUACUCAGUGUACAAGCUAAAUAUUUACUUAGCAAGCUAAAUAUUCGGUUGAAAGUUAAAUAUUUAGCUCCAAACUUAAAAGCUAUCUUGGUAGCUAACUAGCUCGGAGGUACCCAUUUAGCUCUGACCUAAAUAGCUAGACGGCAAACUAAAUAUUGAGCUAGCUCAGAGCUAGGUAUGCAAAUUCACUUGCCAGUAGGCGGAAGUGUCUGUCAGAGUAAAAGCUGGGUUUGCUAACCUCCUCUGUAAACGCCUGAGCUAGCUAAAUAUAGUUUGCUAGCUAAAUGUUGAACUCUGAGCUAUUUAGUUAGCAAGUUUGGAAAUAAGUAUAUAGCUAGCUCAGAGUUGGAUAUUUAACUAAUAUUCAAAUUAAUUUGCUAAUUGAUGAAAAUAUCUGCCAAAAUAAAAUCUGGGCCAAGCUAGAUAUUUAACUUGCUAACUAAAUGUUUAACUCUGAGCUAAAUAUUUAUUUUUGAGUUAAAUAUUUAGUUCGCAAGGCAAAUAUUUAGCAUUAGUUAGCAAGCCAAGUAUUUAGUUUGGAGCUAAAUAUGUCGUUAGAAACUAAAUAUUGAUUCAGAACUAAAAAAACACUCAGAGCUAAA